AAAACAUUUUUGUGGCACCGUGGCAACAUCUUCAAUCGCAGUUACAGAGGGAAGAGUAUCCUCGCCUGGUGUCUGCAGUUACGUUGCCGAUCUGACUCAUUUAUCUUGGGCCCUUCGUCCGUCUCUGUACGAAGUCCGACAGUGGCCUUGCUGGUGUUGUUUAGUUUGCUGAGGAAUUCCUCGUGAAUACACGUUGAGUUCCCGUCUAGUCUACAUCGGUUUUGAUACCGAUCGAAAAAUUUCGAAAUUUUUUCCGUCACGGACAGCCGGAAACUAAUUGGACUUCCUGUCACGAUUUUUCACAUCUUUCCGUUCGGGCAGCUAUUCAAGUUUCUGUUAGUUCGCUUGAAGAAAUCCUAGAGACUUCAGUCAUAACACAAGUCUUCCUAACGCAACUAUGGAUUUCUUCCGUGCCGGCUUGAAAAAUUUUGGCCUGGGUGGCUUCAAAAUGGAUGACACUACGGCAAAUCUGGUGGCCAAUUUUGCCAGUGGAGGGAUUGGCAUGGCCCUAGACCAAAUUUCGCGUACUUCUUUGCCCAGUCGGCGGAAGGACCCACCCCCACCAAGACCACCCUGCCCUUUCAAAGUGUUGGGUGAGAAGGGCGCCUCAAUUAAAGCCCGUCAGAACGUGCAAGAUUUCGUUCAAAUCCGAGAUAGCUGUCUACAAAAUGGAACCCUUUUCGAGGAUGCGUCUUUUCCAGCGGACACUUCGUCAAUCUACUACAGCCGGCGGACUGCUCGCGACUUUGUCUGGUUGAGGCCAACAGAAAUCGUCGAGGAUCCACAACUCUUCGUCGAAGGAGCUUCACGAUUCGACGUGCAGCAAGGCGAAUUAGGCGAUUGCUGGCUGCUUGCUGCCAUGGCUAGCCUGACUCUUAACCCAAAACUGUUUCAUCAAGUUGUGCCUGAAGAUCAAAGUUUCACCGAUAAUUAUGCAGGAAUUUUUCAUUUCCGGAUCUGGCAGUACGGCACCUGGGUGGAUGUCGUGGUAGACGAUCGCUUGCCAACCUGUGAUGGAAAACUGGUGUUUUUGCAAUCACAAACAAAAAAUGAAUUUUGGAGCGCUCUGUUGGAAAAAGCAUAUGCCAAGCUCCACGGUGGCUACGAAGCCUUAAAAGGUGGCACUACGUGUGAGGCUAUGGAAGACUUUACUGGCGGAGUGAGCGAAAUGUACGAAAUGAACCAAGCACCUCCUAAUCUUUUCAAGAUUUUACUUAAAGCUCACCAACGCUCAUCACUAAUGAGCUGCGCAAUUGAGCCGGAUCCUGACCAGUUAGAAGCCGAAACACCGUUGGGUUUGAUUAAAGGUCAUGCCUAUAGCAUUACAAGCGUGAAAAUGAUGGACAUCCGCACUCCUCGAAUGUCGGGGCAGAUUCCCAUGAUCCGUAUUCGAAAUCCUUGGGGGAAUGAAGCCGAGUGGAAAGGCGCAUGGAGCGAUCAAUCCCCGGAAUGGCAGUUCAUCCCGGAAGACGAGAAGGAGGAGGUGGGACUGACUUUCGAUCGCGAUGGCGAAUUUUGGAUGUCGUUUCGCGAUUUCUCUGCUCAGUAUUCUCGCCUAGAGAUAGUCAAUCUGAACGCCGAUUCCUUAGAAGAAGAGGAGUUGUCUGAUGGUACAUCAAAACGUUGGUCAGCAAACGAGUUUGCUGGAAACUGGGUUAAAGGUGCAUCUGCUGGCGGCUGCAGGAAUCAUUUAGCCACUUUUCAUCUGAAUCCACAAUAUCGUAUUACACUGGAAGAUCCGGAUGACGACGACAAUGACGAUAAAUGUACGGUGAUUGUGGCUUUGAUGCAAAAGAACCGUAGAGCUCAGCGGAAAAUUGGUCUAGAUUGCCUUACAAUUGGUUUUACCAUUUAUCACCUUAAAAAUCCUGACACAGCGCCGAAACCACUUGACAACAAAUUUUUUAAGUACAACGCAUCUGUGGCUAGGUCACCAUCGUUCAUCAACUUACGAGAAGUCAGUUGUCGAUUCAAGCUUCCACCGGGCGUCUACGCCAUUAUACCGUCAACAUUCGAGCCGAAUGAGGAAGGUGAAUUUAUUCUGCGCGUCUUCUCUGAAAAGAAGAACAACAUGGAGGAGAACGACGAAGAAGUGGAUAUCGGUGAAGCAGAUGAUCAAGGUAAUACUGGCCGGAAGCACAACAAAGGCAAACACUUUUAUCACGUUAAAAGUAAUGAUACUUUUGACGACUCCAGUGAUGUUGUCCAGCUGUUCCGCCGCGUUGCUGGAGUUGACAUGGAGAUCGAUUGGGUCGAACUACAAAACGUUCUUAAUACUUCCUUCCAGCGUGAAUCUUCAGAGGAAUUUGUAUUCGAGGGAUUCAGCAAAGACGUCUGCCGCAGCAUGAUCGCUAUGUUGGAUCAGGAUCACUCCGGAAAACUUGGUUUGGAUGAGUUCAAAAAGCUUUGGUCUGAUAUUCAAACUUGGAAGAACACGUUCAAAUUGUACGACCGCGAUCGUAGCAAUUCGCUAAGCACAUUAGAGUUGCGCUCUGCACUCCAUGCCGUUGGUUAUCGUCUAAACUAUCACGUCUUAAAUGCGCUGGUUUUGCGUUACGGUGAUCGACGAGGAACCCUGGCGUUUGACGAUUUCAUCAUGUGUGCCAUCAAAAUGAAAUCCAUGAUUGAGGCCUUUAAAGAGCGAGACCCGUACAACACCAAACGGGCUACUUUUACGCUCGACGAAUGGAUUGACAAGACUCUCUAUUCUUAGAUUUCCAAAUAAUCGUUUUACUUCUGAAUCUUUACCGACAUUUUGGCGGUUUAAUAGCAUAAUAAGAUCAUCCAUGUUUGCGAGCUUUAGAAGACCCAUAGAAGCUUAUGUUAAUCUCUUCCGAUAUAACGCUCUUUCCAUAAACGUUUGACGACAUUUGCAUUCAAAAGGUGCCCAAGGGUAAUUUGCUUCCCGGUGAAAUCAGUCUCUUUUGCGAAAGAUUGGUGUUGCACUUUGCUUGUUCCUCUUUCCCUUUUUUUAUUUUUUAUUCACGUUGCCGUUACUUCUGAACAUAUACAACGUUCACUAGGGAGACUAACAUAAAGGGAAAAGUUUCAAUCCACACUACAUCCUUAAUCUGAA